GAGCUGGAAGGUCACCUUCAGCAUCCCGAGAAGCUUGAAGAUCCUGAAGAGGUCCAGAGCUUCAUCGAUGCUGCUGUGCGGCUAGGGAUCGGCCCCCAUCGCUACCGACCACUCCAGGACCGCUAUGAUUGGCUUUGCCACGGCCGUUAUCAGGAGGAGCUGCGUGUGCAGCUCUUGGAAGCCAGCGUGGCCGAGGACUCCAUGCAGCUGCAGCAGCUCAUCGAUGACUCGCUCAGGGCCGGCCUCAGCGCGGAGGAGCUCCACCCGGCCCGCGUCCGCGUGCGCGCUCUCCAUGAGCAGGAGUUCAACGAGGCCAUGCUGGCAGCAGCCGUGACCGGGGACACCCGCUGCGUGAGGCAGAAAUUGAGAACUGGCGGAAACUGCGAUGCACAGCAAUCUUCGACGGGGCACUCUCUUUGGCACAUUGCUGCCUCUCGGGGAGAUGCCGGGCUUGCAGAGAUCGCCAGGUCCUCGAACACGCAAGUUGACCUCUUCGACCGAUCUGGCUGGACUCCCCUUAUGUUGGCCAGUGCUCGGCACGACUCUGUCCUUGUGCAGGAACUGCUCGCAGCUCAGGCAGACCUGACGGCAACCAGCAGCAGAGGUGAAGUCAUUGUGGAGUGCCAGGGCGCCACCGAGCUGGAAGCCAUAGAGCGAGAGCUAAACGACAACCGACGCCUCAUGAACUAUUGGGAAGACUCUGGCCGGUGUUUGGAUUUUGGGGAUCAGCUGGCGGCUGGCGAAGAGCUGCUGCUUCCAACUUUUCAGAAGGUUGGUGGGCGAACGGUUCUGCAUACUGCUUUGCUCAGGCCCGGGCUAGAGAGCUGCCGAAUCUCCGUACUGAACCAAGUGUUGGCUCAGCCGAGUGCACCAGUCAACGCGUUGGAUGACCUCGGCCAUUCUCCACUCUGGUAUGCUGCGCAUGGCGGCUUCGUGGGCUCAUCCUCUGCAUUGCUCCGAGCGGGGGCGCGGGUCUCCUUGGAUAGCUGCUCCUGCAUCCAGGCUGCGGCGGACUCUUUGGCCAAGGCCGCAGCACAAGGCGAGCCUGCGGAGGCAUGGCUUCACAUCUGCCGCCUAUUUUCACGUCAUGGUGCCGGGGACUUUGUGGAGGAGAUGCUUGCUGCCGAGGCUGCAAUCGCUGCUGCUGGAGCUUAUCCAGCCUUGGAGCACGCCCCGGAUUUCGAGGAAGCUUUGGAGGCGUCCGGGGCAGCAGAGGCACUGGAUGCUGGCUGUGCGGAGACAAGCCAUGUCUUCGAGAUGCGCUACAACAGCUGCCUGCUGAUCCAUCGACCUCCCUCUCAGCUGGCAUCUGCGGAGGAUGCUGCAUCCUUCGCUACGGCUGCGCAGCCUGACUUCGAGAGCGUUGCCUUUGCACUUGCGAAGAUGUUCGGCGGAUAUGCAGAUGUUCCCCGCAAGGUCAGCGCAUCGCACAUGACACGCCUGUCCCGCCUACAGAGACGGUAUGUCGGAGAUUUCUGCUACGCACCCGGGGCCCCGAUCGAUUGGGCCGCUGUGGUGGGAGGGCUCGAGGCCACACUGGUGUUGCCAAGCAUCUCCGAUGUCUACAAGGCAUUGGCCGAGCUGGAAGAAAGCUGGCCCUUCAAGAUUCGUGGGGUCUGGGACCACCUUCUGCGUCGGGACAGCAGCCGACCUUCAUGGCAAGAUGGCAGGUCGGGCGAGAGGGCUGAGGCGGAAGCUGGUGACAGCGAGCAACAGGGGAGCAGUUGUGAAUAUCCGGCAGCCCAGAAAGUCGCAGUCGCAGGAGUGGAGGCGGCUGGCCGGAGGGCACUUCGUGUACUGGCAGAAGAGCGGAAGACUGCUUGGAUGGUGGCCAAGGUCAGCGUCACUGCAGUCGCAGAGAAGGUGCUCCAGUGUUUCCGUGGGACUCAGGUGGCUUUGGAGAAGACUCCUGCCCUCGAGCUGCCGGCAGCGGAUGUGAUCGAGAAGGCCCAGGCGGCCAUGGUAUCCACGCCUCCACUUUCGCGCCCGUGGCGAGCGGAGGAAUCCAGGCCCGGCACCACCUCAGCGGUCGCUGACGCGGCUCAGAAGGAGGGCGACCAGGACCCGCACGCACGGAAGGUCUUCUCUGAGGAGCGGGUCGCAGCCACUGCUGUCGCUGUGGCCUCGAUCUCUGCCGCCGCCCAAAACGCGCUGGAGACUCUGGCAGCCGAAGGCUCCCAGCUCCGAGCCGAGUCGACCGCAUCUUCACGGCAGUUUCCAGAAGUGGAGGACCGUGCUGCUGCCGUCGCUGUAGCCGCGGCCUCCAUCGCCGCAUCUGCUCAGAAAGCAUUGGAGACGCUUGCUGCUGAAGGCUCCAGGGAGGUCUCCCUCGACAGACGCACGUCGAGACAACUCAGGGAGUCGCAGGAGGCUUCUCGUGGUGAGCAAGACCUUGCAGAGGUGCAGGUGAUGAUCGAGUGCUCUGGCGCUAUUUGCUUGCUGCGGCUCACGGCUGCAGGCGUGCACGAGGUCGUGCAGGCCACCGUGCAGCAAGGGCGCUGGGUCUUGGAAGACCUUGCGACUGUGAUGCGUGCGGCUGUGGAGGGCAUCUGUUCUCCGUUGCAGGCCGAGGAGGAGGUGCUGGAAACUUUGGAGGCAGCUGCGCGGAGAUUGGGGCAGCAACAGUUGACGCAAGUGCUGGCUGUGCCUCUCCACGACGCAAGCAACUCAUGGACUUGCACUGCCCUCGGACUCGCUGCCCACUGUGGCUUGACCGGAGUGCUCAAGCUCUUGGUGGAUGCUGGAGCUCCGGUGAGCCAGCCGAGACUGCCACCGUCGCUUGUGCCACGAGGCGAUUGCAGCCCUCUGUCCCUCGCAGUGGCGGGCCACCACUUUCAGUGCAUCGAGCUGCUCAUUGCAAGUGGUGCCGACCCAUUCGAUGACCGCGUCGAUACGAUUUUGCUGGACAUGCUGUCGGAUGACUGGCUAGAAGCACGCUGGUUCCAGGAGAAGGUCUUGCGAAUGCUGGAGGUGGCGCGAUCCCAAUACCAGGUUGACGCGCAGACACUGGCACGGCUUGGGGCCAGCUUCGAUGGGUCUCCGGAUCAGGUGGCGCAGCUACGGCGGCUGCUGACGUACAGUGCCGAUCCCAACGUCAAGGUCUGUCCAGUGACCUUCGACCCCACCUCCGAGGCUGCGAUCCCACUGCUGAGCAGCGCAGCCGCGGCAGGCCACAAGGAGCUGGUCUCCAUGCUUCUGGAGCAUGGUGCCACUGUCGACAGCCAUGCCGUGAGCCUGGCCAAGGGCACGGCUGCUGAAGAUGUCCUGCGUCGCCGGGCGCAGUCCCGGCUGCAAUGUGCUGCCAGCGCACUGGACCUCGCCACUAUGGUGCAGUUGGUGGAGGCAGGUGUGAACCCGGAGUCUUUGCUGCGGGAUCGCUGGACUCUCCUGACUUUCGCUGCACGCCUGGCAGCGGAGUGGGAUCCAGGUGCCACCCUGGUGCAGGUCUUACUCAACUCAUCCGCCAAGCCGGACACUCGAGACGCCGAAGGCCGCUUCCCCCUGAUGUGUGCGGCUGAAGCUGACCGUGCGGAUCUCGUGGCCUUGCUGCUGCGUCGUGGAGCUGAUAUCCAUGCGAUUGGACCCUCCGGGAUGACCGUCGCGGCCGGGUCGGCCCUGAGGGGCUCCCUUGCGGUGUUGGAGGUGCUCCUGGAUGGCGGCGCAAACUCCAGGGACCAGGACCCCAAUGGGGACGAUGUGGCCAUGCUGGCGCUGAAGGCUGGACAUGCCGACUGUGUAGAAGCCAUCCGACAGCGCGGCCACCUGCCAAAUCGGGACCUGGCGCUGUGGGAGCUCUUUGGAGCCAUCCGGCGUGGCGAGAGUGAUUACAUGGAGAGGUUGCUCGACAUCCUGGUGACUAUCUAUCCCAAUCUGGCGAACUCUGGGGAAGAUGGUGCCAUUGGUGAGGCUACAAACACUGCGCCCACCCUCCUCAUCGAGAGCGUUCGCCAGCGCUGUCCAAGGAUGGUGUCCGCACUCCUGCAAGCAGGGGCGCGGCUGUACCCGCAGUAUUUGCCGCCGGAUGCCACACCGGAUGCGAUGGAAGUGACAAGGUACGAGACUGCCUGGAGUGUGGCCACCGGCGAGGUGCCAUGCCCUGAAAUUGCUGCUUUGCUACGGCAGGCAUUUCCACAGGAGUUGCUGCUCAUGGCCAGAGAUGGGACGGCUGAUGAGAUGCGGAACAUCCAGCAGGAAGAAGCAUCCGGGCUGAUCGCGGAGGAAGAGGAUUUCGAGCUGACUGAUGAGUCUGGCAAUGGAGCUUUGGACUAUGCCAUCCUUCGAGAGGAUGUAGGCAUGGAGACGUGGCUUUGUUCUCGUGGAGCUCGCUCCCCAAACGGGCGAGCAAAGCUCCAUCGCCAAGCCGUGCGGAAGGCCCAUGGCAACAGCUUGGGUAACAGCCUGAUGAGCGCGGGUCUUUCAGAGAUGUCUCACCCCUAG